AUGGCCUUGGUGGCCAACCUGACAGAUGAGCACAUCCUGUCCACUUACAGGAAGUAUGUCAUGAACACAAUGGCCCCGUGGUUCAAGAAGAGCUCAUUGGAAUUAAACCCAACAUCCACGCUCCACUCCUUUAAGACUGGAGGGGCAGAGGGAGUGGACAGAGCAGUCCUAGUGGACAGAGCGGUCCUGGUGGACAGAGCGGUCCUGGUGGACAGAGCAGUCCUAGUGGACAGAGCGGUCCUGGUGGACAGAGCGGUCCUGGCUCUGUUAGAAACUCAGCAACUCCUGCGAGCUCAGAUAUCAAACUUCACGUUCAAUCUAGGAUUCUCUGGAAAAUUCUUCCACACAGGCACAGGGGAGGAGGAUGCUGGGGACGACCUGCUGCUGAGCUAUGUGGAGGAGUUCUGGUGGUUCCCACACAUGUGGAGCCACAUGCAGCCGCAUCUCUUCCACAACGAGUCGUCUCUCAUGGAGCAGAUGAUCCUCAACAAGGACUUUGCACUGGAUCAUGGCAUCCCCACGGAUAUGGGCUAUGCGGUGGCCCCGCACCACUCUGGGGUAUACCCAGUGCACCUGCAGCUCUACGAGUCGUGGAAGAAGGCCUGGGGCAUCCGAGUGACCAGCACUGAGGAAUACCCCCACCUGAAGCCAGCCCGCCACCGCAAGGGCUUCAUCCACAACAACAUCAUGGUCCUCCCCCGCCAGACAUGCGGCCUGUUCACACACACCAUCUUCUACAAGGAGUACCCAGGAGGCCCCAAAGAGCUGGACAAGAGCAUCAGAGGGGGGGAGCUGUUCCUCACUGUCCUGCUGAACCCAAUCAGCAUCUUCAUGACUCACCUGUCCAACUACGGGAAUGACCGUCUGGGUCUGUACACGUUUGCCAACCUGGCCACGUUCCUCCAGUGCUGGACCAACCUGCGGCUCCACACGCUGCCUCCGCUUCAGCUGGCGCACAAGUACUUCCAGCUCUUCCCCGAGCAGAGACACCCGCUCUGGCAGAACCCUUGUGAUGACAAGAGGCAUAAGGACAUCUGGUCGAAGGAGAAGACCUGUGACAGACUGCCCAAGUUCCUGGUCAUUGGUCCACAGAAGACAGGGACGACAGCGCUCUACCUCUUCCUCAUCAUGCAUCCCUCCAUUUCCUCCAACUUCCCUUCUGCCAAGACUUUUGAGGAAGUGCAGUUCUUCAACACCCACAACUACCAUAAAGGCAUUGACUGGUAUAUGGAUUUCUUUCCGGUGCCAUCUAAUGUCACAACGGACUUCCUGUUUGAGAAGAGUGCAAACUACUUCCCCUCAGAGGAGUCACCGAAGCGAGCCGCAGCCCUGUUGCCCCGAGCCAAGGUCAUCACCCUCCUCAUCAACCCGUCAGACAGGGCCUACUCAUGGUACCAGCACCAGCGGGCUCAUGAGGACCGCACGGCUCUGCGCUACAGCUUCUAUGAGGUCAUCUCAGCCGGACACCUGGCCGCUCCAGAGCUGCGCUCACUGCAGAGCCGCUGCCUCCUGCCCGGCCUCUACGCCCUCCACCUGGAGCGCUGGCUCACACACUACCCUGCCAACCAGCUGAUGAUAAUUGAUGGGCAGCAGCUGAGGAAUGACCCCGCAGCAGUCAUGGACGAGGUGCAGAAGUUCCUGGGAGUGUCGCCCUACUACAACUACUCACAGGCCCUGACGUUUGACCGGCAGAAGGGGUUCUGGUGCCAGCUGUUGGAGGGAGGGAAGACCAAGUGUCUUGGGAAGAGCAAAGGCAGGAAAUAUCCCCCCAUGGACCCCGAGUCCCGUGCGCUGCUGUCCCACUACUACCGGGACCAUAACGUGGAGCUGUCCAAGCUGCUGCACAGACUGGGCCAGCCGCUGCCCUCAUGGCUCAGGGAAGAGCUGCAGAAAGUCAGAUAACCCCGCCUGACCCGCAUACCUGACCUGCACACCUGGCCCGCACACCUGACCCGCACACAGCCAAGCAGAGCGAGAGAGAGAGAGAGAGAGAGAGAGAGAGCGAGAGAGAGAGAGCAGGAGGGUUCCAGAGAGAUGCGCGAGCGUCCAGUGCCUGUGUCCACCCAGCAGCCCCUGACAGGACAAGCAGGCUCCUGGGCCAGCAGGCCACAGAGACAGACGCCAGGGGACGGAGGAGAGAACAGCAGGGAAGGACUGAUUACCAGCAUGAUGGAGUGAGCGAGCGAGCGUGUGUAUGUGUGUGUGAGGGUGUGUAUGUGUGUGAGAGGGUGUGUGUGAGUGUGUGUGUUUGUGAGUGUGCGUGCGUGUAUGUGUG